UUAUCGGGCGGGCGGCGCGGCGCGGCGGAGAGUUGAGCGGUGCCGGGGCUGCGACGCGGGCGGGCCGGGACCGGGACCGGCGCGGGACGAUGCUGCGGCUGGUGUCGCUGAAGUUGGGGCGGCUGUACCGCUACGUGAAGCUGGCGGUGUUGGGCAGCCUGGCGGCGGCGCUGGUACUGAACACGCACUCGCUGCUGGCCUCGCUGCAGCGCAACGAGCUGGCGGAGCGGCGCUUCCUGCAGCUCAAUAAGUGCCCGGCCUGCUGGGGCACCAGCUGGUGCCGCAAGUUCCUCAACGGGCAGCUGCGCCUCGAGAGCUGGGGCCGCCUGCGCCUGCUGGACGUCUUCAACGUGAAGAACGUGUACUUCGCGCGCUACGGGGAGCCCCGCGAGGGCAGCCGCCGCGUCGUGCUCAAGCGCCUCGGCUCCGCGCAGGAGCUGGCCGACAUCGACGCCAAGAUCUGCCGCCGCGCCACCGGCAGGGGCCGCUGCGACCUGCUGCAGGCCCUGCCCGCCACCGAGUUCGCCAGCCUCAACGGCGACGUGCGCCUCCUCACCCCCGCCGCCGUGGAGGGCUGGUCGGACCUGGUGCACUGCCCCUCGCAGCGCCUGCUCGACCGCCUGGUCCGCCGCUACGCCGAGACCAAGGACUCGGGCAGCUUCCUGCUGCGCAACCUCAAGGACGCGGAGCGCAUGCAGCUGCUGCUCACGCUCGCCUUCAACCCCGAGCCGCUCGUGCUGCAGAGUUUUCCAUCUGAUGAGGGCUGGCCAUUUGCUAAAUACCUAGGAGCAUGUGGAAGAAUGGUGGCUGUCAACUAUGUUGGAGAAGAACUAUGGAGUUACUUCAAUGCACCAUGGGAAAAACGAGUGGACCUGGCCUGGCAGUUAAUGGAAAUAGCAGAGCAACUGACUAACAAUGACUUUGAAUUUGCACUCUACCUCCUUGAUGUUAGUUUUGACAACUUUGCAGUUGGACCUAGAGAUGGGAAGGUUAUUAUUGUAGAUGCAGAAAAUGUUCUGGUGGCAGACAAAAGGUUAAUCAGACAAAAUAAACCUGAAAACUGGGAUGUGUGGUACGAAAGCAAGUUUGAUGACUGUGAUAAGGAAGCUUGCCUGUCCUUUUCAAAGGAGAUUCUUUGUGCUCGUGUCACUGUGGACCACAAUUAUUAUGCCAUUUGUCAGAACCUUUUAUCAAGACAUGCCACAUGGCGUGGCACUUCUGGAGGACUACUUCAUGACCCUCCAGCUGAAAUUGCCAAAGAUGGCCGACUUGAGGCCUUGCUGGAUGAGUGUGCCAACCCAAAGAAGCGAUACGGUAGAUUCCAAGCUGCAAAAGAACUACGUGAAUACCUUGCACAACUGAGUAAUAAUGUGAGGUAGUUCAUGGUGAAGCUCCUCUUUUGUAACACUGGCUAUAACACUGUCGCAAAGACGCAUGGAAAAAUGAGGUCUUGAACUUACAUAGUCAAAAGGAAACUUAAAAGAAUUAAAGUAGCUGAUCAAUUAUAUAAAUGCCAUAAUUAAUUUUAUGGUGUUUUGAUGAUGUUCCUCUCCAAACUGGCAAGGUACUUACCGAAUUAAAACUUGAGCUACUAUUGACUGUUCUCCCUCAUUGUUAAAGAGGGGAGUUGGAUGAGAUAAGACUGUGAUAGCUUAAUUGACAGCUUGUUCAUCAAAAGGUACUUUACAUAAAACUGCAUUAGUAUUACAGUUUUGUGAAGUUGAUGCUUUUACUUGGAAAGUCAAAUUAGACUGGCCUGUUCUAAAGGCCUUUUCCUGAUGUCAUUGUUUCCAUUUUUGUGUUUAAAUGCCUUUUAAGUAGCAUUUACAAACAUACAGGUAAAUCUAGGUGUUUUCAUUGUUUCAAACUUAACAAGCUUUCAUUUUAAUGCUGUGCAGUACAUUUUUACUGUGAGCACAGGAUUCCCAUGUUUACUGUCUAAUCUUAUUUCUUUUCACUGUAUUUUAUUGUGUGUAUUUUUUUAAAGGAUAUGGACAUAAAAAGAUUCAAAUGUCAUAUGAACCAUAUUUUGACUUUUGUAAUUUUGCCUCUGCAGAUAUCACUUAAUGUAAUUACUGUACAAAUUUUCAACCCUCAAUGCCAGUUUCUACACAUGACUGGCCACUCAGCAGGAAAUCAUAGAAUGAACAAACUUGCUUCUCACAGUAAUGGUAACUUGAGGCCUGAGGGGAGAAUAAUGGUAUAAAUCAAACUUAAGUUGAGGAUAGGAGCUUGACUAGAAGUUUCACAAUCCAGUGUAGUAAAGCAUAAACCAAAGAAAAUGGUUAUGUGUAUAAGUCUCUAGACUAGUUUUUAAAGCAAAAUUAUGUACUAUAGCAGCACUAAUCCAUUUUGGAAAUUAAAAUUUCACUGGGUCCCUGGUUACUGUUUGAGAGACUCUUAAACUACUAGUUAAUGCCUGAGAAAAAACCCAAAUUUAAAUUUAAGAAAUGUUUAUACCAGGUUAGCAUUUGUUCUGCAUCAUUCACAGUUCUGUUGAAUUCAGUACAAUGAAACUUACUGAAUGUUCACCCAUGGUUUUAACAGUUAAACGUAUGUAGUGUUCACUGUUGACCCUUCUUUGAAUUAAGUUUGACUCUUUCAAUUGCAGUUGGAAUGGGCUUGUAAUGGUUAGUGUAAACCUGAGAUUGCUCCCAUAAAUCAAAAUUUGCAUAAAAUAUCAAUCUUGGCCAUGUGACUGACUUUUUUGGAAGCUUGCUUGGUUUUGGUUUUCUUCUAUACAAUAACUGCUAAACUAUUUAAUGUACCUGAAGUCUUACUUAUAUUCCUAAGCAAAUACUUGUGGGGAGAAGCUUUUGUAUAUUUUAUAUUACUUGAGCAAUUACAAAGAAAGGUAACAGUUCUAUAAGACCAAGGUUUUGGCUAAUUUACAAGUUAGAUGAGAUGCACUACUUUUCAUAACAAAGUCAGCGACCAUCAAAAGCUGCAUCAAAAGACAACUAGAAAUUGCUGCUGAAAAAAAAUAGCUGUAAAAGGAAAAAAAGGCAAAAUGAGGAUAGCAAGGUAUAAAAGCAGGUUGUUGACUAGCUUUAGAAGUUGGAACAAGAUGGUAUGCACUACCUUUCAUGACAAAAAGCCAGCCUGUCAGAAGCUACAUCAGAAGAUAAGUGGAAAUUGCUGCUGAACCAUAUUUCCCUAAACGAGUGAAGAUAACAGUAAAUUGUCAUUCAAAAUUGGUUAAUUUUUAACUCUGAAAAAAUACUACUGAAUAAUACAAAAGUGUUAUUUUGGGGGUUUUUAAAUUGGUUAUGGGGUGUUUUUUUGUUAAAAGAGUAUAGUCAAGAUUUUUUCCAAAGUUCUAGACUUUUACUUUUAAUCCAUUUUUACAUAUGUAUAAUUUGCUUCUGCUUGCUUGUCUUAAUCUUGUAUUCAGAACCUACUAUGACAUAUAUAGGUCUUAAUUAUUUUUUGUUUUUUCCCUUUUGGGUUUCUUUUCUUUUUUCCUACUGGAUGACUGCUUUACCUGCUCUGGCACACACAGGGCUUUUUGCCACAAAUUAAAUUUAUUUGAAGAAACGACCUUAUAUAUCUGAGAUUAAAUAACAAUACCCUGCUUCAAAAAUCUUUUUAAUCACUGAUUUGUUUUUAUUUUUAAAAAUCAUCACAAUUUCUGAUGAAUAGGUUAAUGUGUGAUUGUUUAAGGGUUAAGGGGGGAACAAAACCCAAAACACUGCCAGAUUUGGUUACUAUUUGAGGCAGUUGUGUAACUGCCACGGGGCACAUCUACACGAGAUGCCAAAUGCGCAGUAGACUUUAUUCUACUGCUCAGUAGCAUGUAAUGGCAAAAGCAGUGGAAGCUAAUGUGCAGUAGAAUUGGUCUACUGUGCAUUAGUGUCACUUAAAAGGUGUGUGCUGGUGCUACUGUGCAGUAGCGCCGGUUACUGCACAUUUAGUUAGUAUGUGUUAUUAUUAAGGUACUAAACUUAAUGCACCUUAACCAUGGCUCAUUAAUGCACGUGUAGAUGUGCUUGUAAUGUCCCCUGUUAGGUAUAGUUUGGGAUUUACUUGCAUCUGAAAUUUGCUGGUAAAACUGCUUCUAAAAGGAAUUUGAAAUUUAAAAAAAAAAUCACUACAGGGAAAACACUAUGUGGAAAGCAAUAAAUCUUGUUCAAUUUGCACCUCUCAAAUAUUUAUUGUACAAUGACAAUUUAUAUUUUUUAGUCAUUGCCCAUUAAUAUUGAUGAAUUUAGUGAAAUAUUUUUGAAUGAGACAUUUGGGGUUUGUAUGUGCAUUAAAAUUGUCUUUUUGUACUGUAAGUUACUGUUUAAUUGGAAUAUUUUAUCAAAGCUGUCUCCCUGUGCCUUUAUAUUACAAGAAAGUUGUUUCUACAACUUCUAAUGAUAUUAAUAAAGAGUAUUUAAGAACUUCA